CAUAAAUUAAAUCCAAAUAUCCUAAUAUGGCUAAGAGAGGGUAUAUGCGCAUUAUCGCACUUACAAUAGCAUUCACUGCUAUUUUCUUCAGCUUGAUCAAACCAGUUCAAGCAAAGGGGAAGAGACUUAAGGAGUUGCAAGCAAUGCAGGAGUCUAGUUAUAUUAUGAACUUUAACUGGAGAGAAUUCAAGAGAUAUGUCCUCCAAAACUCUGGAGAAUACCAGAUUAUUCUUGAUUACACUAUUGGAGAGAACUGUGAUCAUUGCGAAGUGUUUGAAAGUGAGCUGAGUGAAGUCGCUUAUACAUAUCAUAGUGCUGGAAUGCAUCUUGAUCAAGAUUUGGACUCCAAACUUCCUAUUUUCUUUGCUAAGAUUGAAUUUAAUCAAAAUAAUAGAGAAGCUUUCUUGAUUAGUGAGUUCAAUUCUGCUCCAAUCUUGGCAAUCGCUACUAAGAAAGAAGCUGAUCAGUAUAAGGAAGAGAAAAAGGUUAUUUAUGAUGGCAAAACUUCAUGGGUAAUGUCAGCCCAGGACGUUACUGAAGCAGGAGUCCUAAUUGAGCAUGUCAACAGGAUGACAGGAAACAAACUUCCUAUCCGCUAUACAAUGUUGAGAACUGCUAAAGGAACUAUUCUUAUCCUGAUAGCAUUGGGAAUUUUGUUCUUCUUAAAAGAUAAACUUGCUAGUCUCAUUCAGAACAGAAUUGUCUGGUUCAUCGGGUCAGCUGUUGUAUAUCUCCAAUGUGUAGGAGGAGUUGCUUUCAGUCUUAUUCACUCUAUGCCAACAUUUAGGUAUGGCCAAGACGAAUCAGGAAAUCUUAUUGUUGAAGAGUUCUUCCAAAGAAAUGGUAGAGGACAAUAUGCUGGAGAAGGAUACAUUUGCUCUUUCUUGAUGUUCGUCACUGCAUCUUUAUUGGUUGUCUAUACAAGACUUAAUAAAAUGGAAGAUGGAAUGAAAAAGGAAAUCAUCUGUUUACUUCUUGCUAUACUCGGAUUCAUUGGCUUCACUGUGGUAAAUGAGAUCUUCCUUUUGAAGUCACCAAUGUUCUCUUCAGGUUUCUAUCCACCGAAUCAUUACAUGAGAGGACCAUACAGUGUUGACCAGGGUACAAACAUCUAAAUGAUACAUUUAUUAUCUCAACCACUGAAAAGCUUAGAGGGGUUUUGG